AUGGCAAAUCAUUACCGCCAGAGUGCAGCCAUCACAGGAGGAGCACCGAGGACGUGUUACUAUACCCUCACCUUUGCUGUCACCUUCCCGCACAGUGAGGAUGUCUGCUACCUGGCCUACCACUACCCCUUCACCUACACCACCCUCAUGACUCACCUUGAUAUCCUGGAAAAAAGUGUCAACCCCAAACAGGUUUACUUCCGGCAGGAGGUUCUCUGCCAGACGCUAGGAGGGAAUCCGUGCCCGCUGGUGACCAUCACCGCCAUGCCCGAGUCUGACAGCGCUGACCACCUAGAGCAAUUCCGGCAACGUCCUUACCAGGUGAUCACCGCCCGCGUUCAUCCAGGAGAGAGCAACGCCAGCUGGGUGAUGAAGGGGGCCCUGGAGUUCCUGGUGAGCAGCGACCCAGUGGCUCGGCUCUUGAGGGAAAACUUCAUUUUCAAGAUCAUCCCCAUGCUCAACCCAGAUGGUGUCAUCAAUGGCAAUCACAGAUGCUCCCUGACAGGGGAGGACUUGAACAGGCAGUGGCUGUCUCCUGGCGCCCCCCUGCAGCCGACCAUCUACCACACCAAAGGUCUCCUCUCCUACCUCAGCAGCACCGGCCACAGCCCCGUGGUCUUCUGUGAUUUCCAUGGCCACUCCCAAAAGAAAAAUGUGUUCCUUUAUGGCUGCAGCAUCAAGGAGACGUUGUGGCAAGCAGAGUCCACGGUGGGCACGUCUACUAUCCUGGAAGAUGUCAGCUACAGGACUCUUCCCAAAAUCCUUGAUAAGCUAGCACCAGCCUUCACGAUGAGCAGCUGCAGCUUCCUUGUGGAGAAAUCGCGUGCCUCCACCGCCCGGGUCGUGGUGUGGAGAGAGAUGGGCGUGUCCAGGAGCUACACCAUGGAGAGCAGCUACUGUGGCUGUAACCAGGGCCCCUACCAGGGUCUACAGUUUGGCACCCAUGAACUGGAGGAGAUGGGAGCCAUGUUCUGCCUGGGUCUCCUCAUCUUGGAGCUCAAAUCCGUCACCUGCAGCCAUCAGCUCCUGAGCCGUGCGGCCACCCUACUGAAUGCUGAGGAGGAAGUGCUNGUUGCUUCACUGGCCCAAGGUCUACAGUUUGGCACCCAUGAACUGGAGGAGAUGGGAGCCAUGUUCUGCCUGGGUCUCCUCAUCUUGGAGCUCAAAUCCGUCACCUGCAGCCAUCAGCUCCUGAGCCGUGCGGCCACCCUACUGAAUGCUGAGGAGGAAGUGCUGGACCUCCACCUCCAGAGGUAG